AUGAACAGACGCUACACGAUAUCUCGACGAGACAUUACCUUCUUUUCAUGCGCUGUCAACGUCACGUCUCAGAAUGGGGGAUACACACCAUUACAUAUUGCAAUGAGAUUUCGUCACGAAAAUGUCUACAGACUUCUAGUAGAAGUAUACGACGCCGAUCCCAAUGUGAGAGACUGGUCCGGCAAGAAACCUCGACAAUACUUAGUGCACAUGGACACAUCACUGUCGCCAGGGUCUUAUCGCAAACCCACAACCAAUAAUAGUUUACGCCGUACAGUUACGUCGGCGCCCACUCUAAGGGUCUCACAAACCCAACUCGAGCUGAUUAAGAAUGAAAAGGAAGGCUUCCUUAGAAUAGGGUCUCUAAACGUUCGCGUAAAGAAGACAACAGAAGCGUUCAGCAAUUUCCUAGGCGUUGGAGCUACAAGGUCAUCGGCGUAUGUGCCUAAAUCAGCCCGUGACAGAGAUCUAGAUAGACGGUCUGAUGACGGUGACCAACUCCACAAAUCGUGGGGAUCAGCUGAUAAUAUACAAAAAGACGAUAAAUUGAUGCCUCCUCCAAUGAGCAGCAAGAUCAGAAGACGUGGUGCUAGCGGAAGACGAGGAGUUGGAGCUCACAGCCGAAGUACACCAUCCACUCCAGAUCAGCCACGAGCUCAAAUGGGCGUUAAUGAAGAAGGCGAUUCAGAUUCCGAUUCUGCGGCUGGCUUCCAUUCAGCCUGGAGGCAACCAAGAGGAUCACAAAGUUAGUUUAUAAUUAUAAAAGAUUCUUAGUCUCUAUCACAAUUACAAUAAAAAAUAUUGGUCUCGUUUUUAAACCAAUUAUAAGAACAUACCAUUUUUUUUUUUAUUAUGCAAUGUUAAAUAAUAUUAGACUUUAUCACAAUUACAAUAGAGAUUAUUUUCGCACUUUUACAAUUAUAUUGUAAGAUGCUUUCAAUUCGCACUAAAGCUUUUCAUUAGUG